CACCCCGCAACACCCAAAGGAGCCCCACAGCACCCCACGGUGCCCCACGGUGCCCCAUGGCACUCCAUGGAGUCCCACGGCACCCCCCCGGCACCCCACAACUCCCCAUGUUACCCCCCAGCACCCCACAACUCCCCCCAGCACCCUCCAGCACCCCACGGAGCCCCCCAAACCCCACGGAGCCCCAUGGAGCCCCACGUAACCCCAAAGAGCCCCACGGAGCCCCACAUAAACCCAUGGAGCCCCAAAGA